AUGGCUGGUCAGAAGGCUUCACUGCAGGCAAAGAAUGGUAAAGCGCUACAAGACAUUGCAAGGAGAGGCUAUACAUGGGGAAGCCCACGAAAGGAGAACUGGGGUAUGCAAACUACCACAGGUCACUACGCAGAUGAAUCAAUCCAGGGGUAUUCAGGUGAGGUUCGUUGAAUAAUCUGGAGGCCCAAAUCACCGGAAUAGACCGAAGUUAGGACGAUAGAAUAUGGAAUUGUUUGUGACAUUCUUGCUAAAUUUAGCCGGUUUGAGACCCCGACAAAGAGGACUGGAGACUACUUACCCUUUGCAUGUGAUUGGUCGAUGUCUUGGGACACCAAAAUUUAAAGGUGAAAGAGACGACUGAUUCCUUUCGAUCAGAGCUUCGAUUUCUUUCAAACGUUUUAAACUUUUAUUUUCGAUAGAGUGAUGGUCGAGAUGAAUUUCGCAACAUCGUCAGUAGUCAAUCUCCGUUGGGAAAGACUUUUCUCCUGA